UGCGCAGAGCCCUUUUCUCGCCGAGGCCUCCCAGCCAGAUCCGCCCGGCUCAGCUGACAGCUCCGAAGACGGAAGAGGCGGUCCGCCGGUUGAGCCGGGCGUCUUCAGGCGGGGCCAGCGAGUGGAGGUGAGGGGACCCGGAGCUUAGGUUGGAGGGCGGAACUUUUGAGCCCGGCGCGGUGGGGCAGCCGGAAGAUGGCAGGAUUUCUCUAGUAUAUCUAGUAUGAGUUCUACAUCUUGGCCUUUUGUCCACCUUCAGCAGUCUCAUCUCCAUCAUCUUAAGAAUAAAUGAGAUUUGCAUGAGUUCCAGACUUGGGGCUGAAAUACAAACACCAGUGCUAAUAAUCCUUUUCUUCUAGUUGUUAUUAACAGCUCCUCAGAAAAUUAAAUGUCGUCAGAAGACCGAGAAGCUCAGGAGGAUGAAUUGCUGGCCCUGACAAGUAUUUAUGAUGGAGAUGAAUUUAGAAAAGCAGAGUCUGUCCAAGGUGGAGAAACCAGGAUCCAUUUGGACUUACCACAAAAUUUCAAGAUAUUUGUGAGCGGCAAUUCAAAUGAGUGUCUCCAGAAUAGUGGCUUUGAAUACACCAUUUGCUUUCUGCCUCCACUUGUGCUGAACUUUGAACUGCCACCAGAUUAUCCAUCCUCCUCCCCACCUUCAUUCACUCUUAGUGGCAAAUGGCUGUCACCAACUCAGCUUUCUGCUCUCUGCAAGCACUUAGACAACCUGUGGGAAGAACACCGUGGCAGCGUGGUCCUGUUUGCCUGGAUGCAGUUCCUUAAGGAAGAGACCUUAGCAUACCUGAAUAUUGUCUCUCCUUUUGAACUCACGAUGGGUUCUCAGAAAAAGGUUCAGAGAAGGAUGGCUCAAGCUUCUUCCAACACAGAACUAGAUUUUGGAGGAGCCACUGGAUCUGACAUAGACCAAGAGGAAGUUGUGGACGAGAGAGCCGUGCAGGAUGUGGAAUCGUUGUCGAGUCUGAUCCAGGAAAUCUUGGACUUUGAUCAAGCUCAGCAGAUAAAAUGCUUUAAUAGUAAAUUGUUCCUGUGCAAUAUCUGUUUCUGUGAGAAACUGGGUAGUGAGUGCAUGUACUUCUUGGAGUGCAGGCAUGUGUACUGCAAAGCCUGUCUCAAGGACUACUUUGAAAUCCAGAUCAGAGAUGGCCAAGUUCAGUGCCUCAACUGCCCAGAACCCAAGUGCCCUUCAGUGGCCACUCCUGGUCAGGUCAAAGAGCUAGUGGAAGCAGAGUUGUUUGCCCGUUAUGACCGCCUUCUCCUCCAGUCCACCUUGGACCUGAUGGCCGAUGUGGUGUACUGCCCCCGCCCAUCCUGCCAGCUGCCUGUGAUGCAGGAACCUGGCAGUACCAUGGGCAUCUGCUCCAGCUGCAAUUUCGCCUUCUGUUCCCUGUGCAGACUGACCUACCACGGAGUCUCUCCAUGUAAGGUAACAGCAGAAAAAUUAAUAGACUUACGAAAUGAGUACCUGCAAGCAGAUGAGGCCAAUAAAAGAUUUUUGGAACAGAGGUAUGGUAAGAGGGUGAUUCAGAAGGCACUGGAAGAGAUGGAAAGUAAGGAGUGGCUAGAAAAGAACUCAAAGAGCUGCCCAUGUUGUGGAACUCCCAUUGAGAAAUUAGAUGGAUGUAACAAGAUGACAUGUACUGGCUGUAUGCAGUAUUUCUGCUGGAUUUGCAUGGGUUCUCUUUCCAGAGCAAACCCUUAUAAACAUUUCACUGAUCCUGCUUCCCCAUGUUUUAACCGGUUGUUCCAUGCUGUGGAUGUUAAUGGAGAUAUUUGGGAAGAUGAGAUUGAAGACUAAUUAACUUCUACUGCUCAAGAUAUGGAAGUGGAAUGGUUUGCCCUAAUCUUUUGUCAAGUAUACAGAGUAACUUUGCAGGAUAUUUAGGGUGCCAUUGAUCCAGUCUUCCUGUGUAGAAGAUAUGGAGGAAUAAGGUUUUAUUUUCACGUGGUACUACUGAUUAAGGCACAUGUAUACAUUUUUUCAUCACAGCAUAAUUGAAAAAGUAUUAAGCCAAAGGUUCAGAAAAUGAAAAAUAGAAAAUAUUAAUAUUACAAUGUGCCCGAAGCUUUGAAUAGUUAAAAAUUAAAUAUUUAUUUUCUUCUCCAAGCUUUAGGGAAAGAGAGAUGGGUCAAGAGUUAAAGACCUUUUUAUCUCUGAGAAGCAUCCCUCUAAGACAUUCUGUGGGAGCUGUCUCAGUAGUACUCCUUAACACCUGGGGUGGGUAGAAGCCUUACUAAAAUUGUGCCGAGAGCCUGAUCUUAUUUACUUCAUAUUACAUUCUUUCCAACCUGAAUUUCUGCUGAUUUUAUUUGGAGGAAGCCCUUUACUUUCUAACUGAUUGGAUGGCCCAGUGUCAUUUUGAUCUGCUGCUUUUCAGAAUAGAAAUUUACAGAUAAUUUAAAAAAUAUUUUUUAGUACAUAAACACUGUAGGUCACCUGAUAUAUUUAUCAGUGGUCUAUAGUCCACUGGUUUUGAGCCAAGUCUAGAAUUUAUUGAUAGUGGCUUAGAAGAAUUUCAGCCCUUUUAAACUUUGCUGUUUCUUCUAGGCAGUAGAGCUUAGAUUCAGAAUGACUUGUCUUUGCUACCUUUUGUUCUACAUUCUCUCCGGUUGACCCUUGCCCUGUCUUUCAUUGGUAAGGACAAUUUUAAUAUUAGCUCCAAAAGCUCAUAGUUUUAUUUCCCCUGCUGGGAUAGGAGAAAGCCUAAUAUGUUCCCAAGCUGAACUUUAAUUAUCUGCGUUUUGAACACUGCACCACCAUAGUUCCAGUGCUAAGUUUCUGAAUUCUUUUUAAAGGGCUUCUCUAAUGUGCUAUGGAAAUUUGUUUUCCUAUCCUCUUUUUUUUUUUUUUUUUUUUGGCAUCAGCACUGUUCCAGGGGAUGAUUUUGGCUUGAUACCUAGAUCCCUGUUCUUGGGUUUUGUUGGCUUUUUGAAAAAUUGUCUUUCCUUAUGGUUUGGUGAGUGGGUUGGUAGCAAAAUAAGAUUUUGGGUAAAAAGGACAGAAGAAUUGAGCUAUAGCUGUGAACAUGUUCUUUUUUCCUACCUUGUUAUUGAAAAUUGGAGAAUCACUUUUAACCAUUUUACGUGUGUAUCCAAAGAACGCGGACUGUUUCUGGUUUGUUAAUGAGGAUGCUAAAUCUUAAAAAUAAAAAUUAUUUAAAACUUGUCUUAUAA